AUUAAGUUUUAAUUCAACAAAUUGCAAGAGAAGAAGCCUAAAAAAUAUAAACAUAAUUUUCAAGAGAGUGUCGUGAUCGGCGGUGGAGUUAAGGUCUGCCCAAACAGUUCCUUCGUUCCUUCUACGAGUCUCUUCUCUCAGUGUGACUCCAAGUGUAAGCAAUGGCUCCCCGUAAAGGAAAAGUUCAAAAGGAAGAGGUCCACGUCUCCCUGGGACCUCAAGUCAGGGAAGGAGAGAAUGUGUUUGCAGUCUGCCACAUCUAUGCCAGCUACAAUGACACCUUUGUGCAUGUGACUGAUCUGUCUGGCCGUGAAACCAUCGUCCGUAUCACUGGUGGUCAGAAGGUGAAGGCUGAUCGUGACGAGUCCUCCCCCUAUGCUGCUAUGUUGGCUGCCCAAGACGUUUCCGAGAAGUGCAAGUCGCUGGGAAUCAAUGCUCUGCAUGUAAAGAUCCGUGCCACUGGAGGCAACAAGACCAAGACCCCAGGCCCAGGUGGCCAGUCAGCCCUCCGUGCCCUUGCCCGUUCUGGCAUGAAGAUUGGCCGCAUUGAAGAUGUCACACCAGUUCCCUCUGACAGCACACGCAGGAAGGGUGGUCGCCGUGGUAGGCGUCUGUAAAUGGUCAGCUGUAAUAAAUAUUAUAGUUUAA